AUGGGAUCUCCGGUGAAUGGCCACCUUGGCACAUCCGAGGACGGCAAGACCAAACAUGCUGCUGACAUUGAAUCCAGGCCGGCAUCUGAACCAUACUACAAGAAGCUUAAGACCCCGCUCAACACAAGACCCGCGUCUCCUUACACCCUGAAGCCUCCAAUUGAUGAAGAUGGACUAUCGUGGCCUAGUAAGGGUGCUCGUGAGAGAAUUGAAAGUUCACCCGAGGAGUUGCAUGCCAAAGAGCUCAGGAUCGCCGAUGCUGUCAAGACGAUCCUAUCAGAACUUGGCGAAGAUGUUGAAAGAGAGGGCUUGCUGGAAACCCCAGAGAGAUACGCUAGAGCCAUGCUUUUUUUCACCAAAGGCUACGAAGACAACAUAAGUGACGUCAUAAAGCGGGCUGUAUUUGAAGAGGACCACGACGAGAUGGUGAUAGUUAAAGACAUCGAGAUUUACUCAUUGUGUGAACACCAUCUGGUUCCCUUCUUUGGAAAAGUGCACAUUGGCUAUAUCCCCAACAAGAAGGUCCUAGGACUCUCAAAACUGGCAAGAUUGGCGGAAAUGUACUCCCGCAGAUUCCAGGUCCAGGAGAGGCUUACCAAGCAGAUCGCCAUUGCCUUGAGCGAGAUUCUCCAGCCACGCGGUGUUGCUGUCGUCAUCGAGGCCACACACAUGUGUAUGGUAAGCAGAGGUGUCCAGAAAAGUGGUGCCGUGACCGCGACAAGCUGUAUGCUCGGUUGCUUCAGAGCGCAGCAGAAGACCAGGGACGAGUUCCUGACUCUGCUGGGCAGAAAGUGA